AUGUUCUGUAGCUCUAAUCACAGUCUUGUCGGUGUUGCUGCUGCUGCUGCUGGUGCUGCUGCUGCUGGUGCUGCUGCUGCUAGUGCUGCUGCUGCUAGUGCUGCUGCUGCUGCUGCUAGGAAGGCGUAUCCACAACCUCUUGCACUUACGACUUUGUUUCUGCCAAUCUACCCAAGCCAUUCGUCUCUUUCCUUUUCCCAGGAUGUUCUGGCAGAGAAUCGGAAAAAACUGCUGGCUAUCAAAGCGAAACACAUGGCUGCUGCUAGUGCUGCUGCUGGGGGUGUUCCCUGGCCACGUCAGCACGAUCAUUGUCAGCAGCAGGUAAACGGAGAAGCUGCCUCGAGUUCAGCUAGACGCGCAGGCUCGGGAGCAGGUUCGGGGAUGGCAGGUUCGGGUCUGGCGGUCCUGGGAGUUGCUGGUUCGGGCAUGGCAGGUCCGGGAGCGGGAGGCUGGGGUGCAAUCUCAACAGUACUGAAAGCGAAUGGAAUGACAGGGGAACGAGCAGGGGGAGAAAGAGCAUGGGGCGCGGUAGCAGCAGGAGCAGGAGCAGGGGCAGGGGCAGGAGCAGGGGGGAAUGCAGGGGGGAGUGGAGUGGGGAGUGGAGGGGGGUUCACGGGAGGGGUUGCAGGAGGGAAGGGUGGUGGUGGUGGUGAGAUGGUGGCAGCUCCUCGCACCAAUCCCAUCAAGAUGGCAGCAGUGCAGAACGUGCCUAGCUUCACCACCUGGAUCUUCCUUGCCAAGAACGAGCAGAUUCCGGAUGAGCAAUCAUUAGUGGGCAGGAGGCGCCUAUACUACGAUGCGGAGAAGGAGGAGACGACUGUGUGCAGCGAGUCGGAGGAUGAGGGCCAGCCCAGCAGCAGCCAACUCAAGGACUUCAGUGCCGUGCAGGAUGCACUCAUAUGCAUCUCGCCUCAUGCGUCACACGGAGCUGAAAGCGCAGUACCAGGAGAUUCAGACGCUUCUAGAAAAAGCAGUAAAGACAAUGUCCUGCUCCCCCCCACUUUCCUUCAUUUUCUCCCCUUCCAUGCCCCCCCUGCUGCCCCAGAUGCGUCACACGGAGCUGAAAGCGCAGUACCAGGAGAUUCAGACGCUUCUAGAAAAAGCAGUAAAGACAAUGUCCUGCUCCCCCCCACUUUCCUUCAUUUUCUCCCCUUCCAUGCCCCCCCUGCUGCCCCAGAUGCGUCACACGGAGCUGAAAGCGCAGUACCAGGAGAUUCAGACGCUUCUAGAAAAAGCAGUAAAGACAAUGUCCUGCUCCCCCCCACUUUCCUUCAUUUUCUCCCCUUCCAUGCCCCCCCUGCUGCCCCAGAUGCGUCACACGGAGCUGAAAGCGCAGUACCAGGAGAUUCAGACGCUUCUAGAAAAAGCAGUAAAGACAAUGUCCUGCUCCCCCCCACUUUCCUUCAUUUUCUCCCCUUCCAUGCCCCCCCUGCUGCCCCAGAUGCGUCCAACGGAGCUGAAGGCGCAGUACCAGGAGAUUCAGACGCUUCUAGAAAAAGCAGUAAAGACAAUGUCCUGCUCCCCCCCACUUUCCUUCAUUUUCUCCCCUUCCAUGCCCCCCCUGCUGCCCCAGAUGCGUCACACGGAGCUGAAAGCGCAGUACCAGGAGAUUCAGACGCUUCUAGAAAAAGCAGUAAAGACAAUGUCCUGCUCCCCCCCACUUUCCUUCAUUUUCUCCCCUUCCAUGCCCCCCCUGCUGCCCCAGAUGCGUCACACGGAGCUGAAAGCGCAGUACCAGGAGAUUCAGACGCUUCUAGAAAAAGCAGUAAAGACAAUGUCCUGCUCCCCCCCACUUUCCUUCAUUUUCUCCCCUUCCAUGCCCCCCCUGCUGCCCCAGAUGCGUCACACGGAGCUGAAAGCGCAGUACCAGGAGAUUCAGACGCUUCUAGAAAAAGCAGUAAAGACAAUGUCCUGCUCCCCCCCACUUUCCUUCAUUUUCUCCCCUUCCAUGCCCCCCCUGCUGCCCCAGAUGCGUCACACGGAGCUGAAAGCGCAGUACCAGGAGAUUCAGACGCUUCUAGAAAAAGCAGUAAAGACAAUGUCCUGCUCCCCCCCACUUUCCUUCAUUUUCUCCCCUUCCAUGCCCCCCCUGCUGCCCCAGAUGCGUCACACGGAGCUGAAAGCGCAGUACCAGGAGAUUCAGACGCUUCUAGAAAAAGCAGUAAAGACAAUGUCCUGCUCCCCCCCACUUUCCUUCAUUUUCUCCCCUUCCAUGCCCCCCCUGCUGCCCCAGAUGCGUCACACGGAGCUGAAAGCGCAGUACCAGGAGAUUCAGACGCUUCUAGAAAAAGCAGUAAAGACAAUGUCCUGCUCCCCCCCACUUUCCUUCAUUUUCUCCCCUUCCAUGCCCCCCCUGCUGCCCCAGAUGCGUCACACGGAGCUGAAAGCGCAGUACCAGGAGAUUCAGACGCUUCUAGAAAAAGCAGUAAAGACAAUAUCCUGCUCCCCCCCACUUUCCUUCAUUUUCUCCCCUUCCAUGCCCCCCCUGCUGCCCCAGAUGCGUCACACGGAGCUGAAAGCGCAGUACCAGGAGAUUCAGACGCUUCUAGAAAAAGCAGUAAAGACAAUGUCCUGCUCCCCCCCACUUUCCUUCAUUUUCUCCCCUUCCAUGCCCCCCCUGCUGCCCCAGAUGCGUCACACGGAGCUGAAAGCGCAGUACCAGGAGAUUCAGACGCUUCUAGAAAAAGCAGUAAAGACAAUGUCCUGCUCCCCCCCACUUUCCUUCAUUUUCUCCCCUUCCAUGCCCCCCCUGCUGCCCCAGAUGCGUCACACGGAGCUGAAAGCGCAGUACCAGGAGAUUCAGACGCUUCUAGAAAAAGCAGUAAAGACAAUGUCCUGCUCCCCCCCACUUUCCUUCAUUUUCUCCCCUUCCAUGCCCCCCCUGCUGCCCCAGAUGCGUCACACGGAGCUGAAAGCGCAGUACCAGGAGAUUCAGACGCUUAUAGAAAAAGCAGUAAAGACAAUGUCCUGCUCCCCCCCACUUUCCUUCAUUUUCUCCCCUUCCAUGCCCCCCCUGCUGCCCCAGAUGCGUCACACGGAGCUGAAAGCGCAGUACCAGGAGAUUCAGACGCUUCUAGAAAAAGCAGUAAAGACAAUGUCCUGCUCCCCCCCACUUUCCUUCAUUUUCUCCCCUUCCAUGCCCCCCCUGCUGCCCCAGAUGCGUCACACGGAGCUGAAAGCGCAGUACCAGGAGAUUCAGACGCUUCUAGAAAAAGCAGUAAAGACAAUGUCCUGCUCCCCCCCACUUUCCUUCAUUUUCUCCCCUUCCAUGCCCCCCCUGCUGCCCCAGAUGCGUCACACGGAGCUGAAAGCGCAGUACCAGGAGAUUCAGACGCUUCUAGAAAAAGCAGUAAAGACAAUGUCCUGCUCCCCCCCACUUUCCUUCAUUUUCUCCCCUUCCAUGCCCCCCCUGCUGCCCCAGAUGCGUCACACGGAGCUGAAAGCGCAGUACCAGGAGAUUCAGACGCUUCUAGAAAAAGCAGUAAAGACAAUGUCCUGCUCCCCCCCACUUUCCUUCAUUUUCUCCCCUUCCAUGCCCCCCCUGCUGCCCCAGAUGCGUCACACGGAGCUGAAAGCGCAGUACCAGGAGAUUCAGACGCUUCUAGAAAAAGCAGUAAAGACAAUGUCCUGCUCCCCCCCACUUUCCUUCAUUUUCUCCCCUUCCAUGCCCCCCCUGCUGCCCCAGAUGCGUCACACGGAGCUGAAAGCGCAGUACCAGGAGAUUCAGACGCUUCUAGAAAAAGCAGUAAAGACAAUGUCCUGCUCCCCCCCACUUUCCUUCAUUUUCUCCCCUUCCAUGCCCCCCCUGCUGCCCCAGAUGCGUCACACGGAGCUGAAAGCGCAGUACCAGGAGAUUCAGACGCUUCUAGAAAAAGCAGUAAAGACAAUGUCCUGCUCCCCCCCACUUUCCUUCAUUUUCUCCCCUUCCAUGCCCCCCCUGCUGCCCCAGAUGCGUCACACGGAGCUGAAAGCGCAGUACCAGGAGAUUCAGACGCUUCUAGAAAAAGCAGUAAAGACAAUGUCCUGCUCCCCCCCACUUUCCUUCAUUUUCUCCCCUUCCAUGCCCCCCCUGCUGCCCCAGAUGCGUCACACGGAGCUGAAAGCGCAGUACCAGGAGAUUCAGACGCUUCUAGAAAAAGCAGUAAAGACAAUGUCCUGCUCCCCCCCACUUUCCUUCAUUUUCUCCCCUUCCAUGCCCCCCCUGCUGCCCCAGAUGCGUCACACGGAGCUGAAAGCGCAGUACCAGGAGAUUCAGACGCUUCUAGAAAAAGCAGUAAAGACAAUGUCCUGCUCCCCCCCACUUUCCUUCAUUUUCUCCCCUUCCAUGCCCCCCCUGCUGCCCCAGAUGCGUCACACGGAGCUGAAAGCGCAGUACCAGGAGAUUCAGACGCUUCUAGAAAAAGCAGUAAAGACAAUGUCCUGCUCCCCCCCACUUUCCUUCAUUUUCUCCCCUUCCAUGCCCCCCCUGCUGCCCCAGAUGCGUCACACGGAGCUGAAAGCGCAGUACCAGGAGAUUCAGACGCUUCUAGAAAAAGCAGUAAAGACAAUGUCCUGCUCCCCCCCACUUUCCUUCAUUUUCUCCCCUUCCAUGCCCCCCCUGCUGCCCCAGAUGCGUCCAACGGAGCUGAAGGCGCAGUACCAGGAGAUUCAGACGCUUCUAGAAAAAGCAGUAAAGACAAUGUCCUGCUCCCCCCCACUUUCCUUCAUUUUCUCCCCUUCCAUGCCCCCCCUGCUGCCCCAGAUGCGUCACACGGAGCUGAAAGCGCAGUACCAGGAGAUUCAGACGCUUCUAGAAAAAGCAGUAAAGACAAUGUCCUGCUCCCCCCCACUUUCCUUCAUUUUCUCCCCUUCCAUGCCCCCCCUGCUGCCCCAGAUGCGUCCAACGGAGCUGAAGGCGCAGUACCAGGAGAUUCAGACGCUUCUAGAAAAAGCAGUAAAGACAAUGUUCUGCUCCCCCCCACUUUCCUUCAUUUUCUCCCCUUCCAUGCCCCCCCUGCUGCCCCAGAUGCGUCCAACGGAGCUGAAGGCGCAGUACCAGGAGAUUCAGACGCUUCUAGAAAAAGCAGUAAAGACAAUGUCCUGCUCCCCCCCACUUUCCUUCAUUUUCUCCCCUUCCAUGCCCCCCCUGCUGCCCCAGAUGCGUCACACGGAGCUGAAAGCGCAGUACCAGGAGAUUCAGACGCUUCUAGAAAAAGCAGUAAAGACAAUGUCCUGCUCCCCCCCACUUUCCUUCAUUUUCUCCCCUUCCAUGCCCCCCCUGCUGCCCCAGAUGCGUCACACGGAGCUGAAAGCGUAGUACCAGGAGAUUCAGACGCUUCUAGAAAAAGCAGUAAAGACAAUGUCCUGCUCCCCCCCACUUUCCUUCAUUUUCUCCCCUUCCAUGCCCCCCCUGCUGCCCCAGAUGCGUCCAACGGAGCUGAAGGCGCAGUACCAGGAGAUUCAGACGCUUCUAGAAAAAGCAGUAAAGACAAUGUCCUGCUCCCCCCCACUUUCCUUCAUUUUCUCCCCUUCCAUGCCCCCCCUGCUGCCCCAGAUGCGUCCAACGGAGCUGAAGGCGCAGUACCAGGAGAUUCAGACGCUUCUAGAAAAAGCAGUAAAGACAAUGUCCUGCUCCCCCCCACUUUCCUUCAUUUUCUCCCCUUCCAUGCCCCCCCUGCUGCCCCAGAUGCGUCCAACGGAGCUGAAGGCGCAGUACCAGGAGAUUCAGACGCUUCUAGAAAAAGCAGUAAAGACAAUGUCCUGCUCCCCCCCACUUUCCUUCAUUUUCUCCCCUUCCAUGCCCCCCCUGCUGCCCCAGAUGCGUCACACGGAGCUGAAAGCGCAGUACCAGGAGAUUCAGACGCUUCUAGAAAAAGCAGUAAAGACAAUGUCCUGCUCCCCCCCACUUUCCUUCAUUUUCUCCCCUUCCAUGCCCCCCCUGCUGCCCCAGAUGCGUCCAACGGAGCUGAAGGCGCAGUACCAGGAGAUUCAGACGCUUCUAGAAAAAGCAGUAAAGACAAUGUCCUGCUCCCCCCCACUUUCCUUCAUUUUCUCCCCUUCCAUGCCCCCCCUGCUGCCCCAGAUGCGUCCAACGGAGCUGAAGGCGCAGUACCAGGAGAUUCAGACGCUUCUAGAAAAAGCAGUAAAGACAAUGUCCUGCUCCCCCCCACUUUCCUUCAUUUUCUCCCCUUCCAUGCCCCCCCUGCUGCCCCAGAUGCGUCCAACGGAGCUGAAGGCGCAGUACCAGGAGAUUCAGACGCUUCUAGAAAAAGCAGUAAAGACAAUGUCCUGCUCCCCCCCACUUUCCUUCAUUUUCUCCCCUUCCAUGCCCCCCCUGCUGCCCCAGAUGCGUCACACGGAGCUGAAAGCGCAGUACCAGGAGAUUCAGACGCUUCUAGAAAAAGCAGUAAAGACAAUGUCCUGCUCCCCCCCACUUUCCUUCAUUUUCUCCCCUUCCAUGCCCCCCCUGCUGCCCCAGAUGCGUCACACGGAGCUGAAAGCGUAGUACCAGGAGAUUCAGACGCUUCUAGAAAAAGCAGUAAAGACAAUGUCCUGCUCCCCCCCACUUUCCUUCAUUUUCUCCCCUUCCAUGCCCCCCCUGCUGCCCCAGAUGCGUCCAACGGAGCUGAAGGCGCAGUACCAGGAGAUUCAGACGCUUCUAGAAAAAGCAGUAAAGACAAUGUCCUGCUCCCCCCCACUUUCCUUCAUUUUCUCCCCUUCCAUGCCCCCCCUGCUGCCCCAGAUGCGUCCAACGGAGCUGAAGGCGCAGUACCAGGAGAUUCAGACGCUUCUAGAAAAAGCAGUAAAGACAAUGUCCUGCUCCCCCCCACUUUCCUUCAUUUUCUCCCCUUCCAUGCCCCCCCUGCUGCCCCAGAUGCGUCCAACGGAGCUGAAGGCGCAGUACCAGGAGAUUCAGACGCUUCUAGAAAAAGCAGUAAAGACAAUGUCCUGCUCCCCCCCACUUUCCUUCAUUUUCUCCCCUUCCAUGCCCCCCCUGCUGCCCCAGAUGCGUCACACGGAGCUGAAAGCGCAGUACCAGGAGAUUCAGACGCUUCUAGAAAAAGCAGUAAAGACAAUGUCCUGCUCCCCCCCACUUUCCUUCAUUUUCUCCCCUUCCAUGCCCCCCCUGCUGCCCCAGAUGCGUCACACGGAGCUGAAAGCGUAAUGCGUCCAACGGAGCUGAAGGCGCAGUACCAGGAGAUUCAGACGCUUCUAGAAAAAGCAGUAAAGACAAUGUCCUGCUCCCCCCCACUUUCCUUCAUUUUCUCCCCUUCCAUGCCCCCCCUGCUGCCCCAGAUGCGUCCAACGGAGCUGAAGGCGCAGUACCAGGAGAUUCAGAUGCUUCUAGAGAAGAAGUCAAUACAAUGUCCUGCUUCCCCCAUCCCUCCUUUUUAUCUCCCCUUUCCAUGCCGUCCCUGCUGCGACCCUACCCAGAUGCGUCACACGGAGCUGAAGGCACAGUACCAGGAGAUCGAGGCCUAUCUUGAGAAGCAGUCAAGACAAUGUCCUGCUCCCCCCCCCCUUUCCUUCAUUUUCUCCUCUUCUCAUGGCCUCCCUGCUGCCCCAGAUGCGUCACACAGAGCUGAAGGCGCAGUACCAGAAGAUUCAGGCGUUUCUAGAAAAAGCAGUCAAGGCAAUGUCCUGCUCCCCCCAUCCCUCCUUUUUCUUCUCCCCUUUCCAUGCCGUCCCUGCUGCGACCCCAUCCAGAUGCGUCACACGGAGCUGAAGGCACAGUACCAGGAGACUCAGGCGUUUCUCGAGAAGGAGAAGGAGAAGAAGAAGGAUGGGGUUUCUGAGGAGGAGAAAAGAGAAGGCUCAGGCGGAGUGUGUGAGAGCACGAGGCAGGUGCUGCUGGGGCAGUUUGAGGACUUGGAGGGGGCGAUGGACUCGUGGGACCACCUCUUCUGCCGCAGAUGCCUUAUCUUUGAUUGCAAGACACAUGGAACCGUCGACGAGCCAGUGGUGCCUUCGGAUCAGCAACCCCCUGUGGAAUCUACUGACGUUGGCAAGUCACCCAUGCCUGCUGGGCCUUGCGGCCCCUUGUGCUUCAUGCAUGUUCCUGCUCUUGUGGCACUGAAGCUUACUCGAAUGCAAGCAGCAGAGGAGAAAGCAGCAAAAACCAAGGCAAAAGGCAAGAAAAAAGGGAAGCAGAUUGUUGGUUUGGUGAAAUUGGAGGAUGAGGAGGAGGAAGCAGAGGAAUUGGAGGAAGAGGAGGAGGAGGAGGUUGAAUUAUCGGACAGUGUUGCUGGGGAGGAGAGUGAGGAGGAGGAGGAGGAGGAGGAGGAGGAGGAGGAGGAGGAGGAGGAGGAGGAGGAGGAGGAGGAGGAGGAGGAGGAGGAGGAGGAGGAGGGAGGUGAGGAGAAUGCGGAAGAAGAAGAGGAGACAAUGGAGGAGGAGGAGGGUGAAGAGGUGGAGAAGGAGGGAGGCAAGGAGGGAAAGAGCGUGAAGGAAGAGGAGAUGGGCGAGGAGGAAGAGGAGGAACAAGAGGAGGGAAAGGAAGGAAGCUCGGAAGAGGAGGGUGAUGCGAGUGAUGGGGAGGCUUGUAAGGGGGAUGAGACGGAAGGAGGUGAUGUAAGGAUGAUUGCUGAUGUGGAAGGUGAUGGGGAUAGGGGCUGUGAGCGGGAAAAUGGAGAGGAGAAAGAGGCAAUAGAAGGCAAAGAGCGGGUGAGUAAUCUGGAAGAAGGGGAGGAUGUGAAGGAGGGAAGAGAAGUGACGGAAGAAGAGGAAGGGAGGGAAGGGAUGGAAGGGACGCAAGGAAAGGACGGGAUGGAAGAGGAGGAAUGGAGGGAAGGGAUGGAAAGGACGCAAGGAAAGGACGGGAGAAGCAAGGAGAAGCAGCAGCAGCAGCAGCAGCAGCAGCAGCAGCAGGAGCAGCGGGAGCAGCAGGAGGAGCAGGAGAAGGAGCAGCAGUGCGAUCAGCAGGAGUGGAGUGCGUUGGAGAGGGAAUUACUGAGCAAGGGCGUGCGGAUAUUCGGUGCGAGCAGCUGUGUGCUGGCACGCACAGUGCUGGCUCACCUCAAGACAUGCUCCCAGAUCGCACACUGCCUGUUGGGGCAGGAGGGGGGCGACAUGCACGAAGAGACACCCACUCCGAUGGGUCGCCAUCGCCGCCGCACUUCCAAGGCGAGAAGGAGGUUGGUGCAGGCGCAGUGGGGGUACAACAAGGGGCGCCGGAAGGGAGGGGCGGGGCAGCCCGUGGUGGUGCAGAGGCUCAAGGCAGAGGCCUCGAAAGAGCGUCAGUACGAGCCGUGCAGCUGCAAGGGUCCAUGCGCCAAGGCCACCUGUGAAUGCAUCAUGAGGGGGUGCUUCUGCGAGAAAUACUGCGGCUGUGCCCAGGCGUGCAAGAACCGAUUCAGGGGCUGCAACUGUGCCAAGAGCCACUGCUCCUCGCGCCUCUGCCCCUGCUUUGCUGCAUCCAGGGAGUGUGACCCUGACCUCUGCCGCAACUGCUGGGUCGACUGUGGGGAUAACCGCCAAGGGGCUGUGCUGCCACUGCCACCGCCUGUGAGGGAGAAAAACUACGACUGCCACAACAUGCGCUUGCUGCUGCGCCAGCACCAGCACAUUCUACUAGCCCCCUCGGACGUGGCUGGCUGGGGUGCCUUUCUCAAGAAGGAGGUGGCGAAGAACGACUACGUGGGGGAGUACACAGGCGAGCUCAUAUCAGAGGCGGAGGCAGAGAGGAGGGGCAAGAUAUACGACCGCAUCAAUUGCUCCUUCCUGUUCGAUCUCAACAAGAAGGUCAGUCAAUUGAUGUGCUCUGAGAAUCUAUUGGUGAAACCAUGA